UUCCUAUUUCCGUACACAAACACUCGGCUGAUGACGUGUACACUCCACUACUGUUAGCUAGCUAGCUAACUUAGACACCUGUCAGAAUCAAGCCGUUAUCAAUUAAGCAGCGCUACAAGGUACAGGGAAACAAAGAAUUUCAACAGAUCACAGAAGAUGGAGACGCUUUACCAUCAGACAAACAAGCAAAUCCAGGAGGUGCAGUCUCUCAUGGGCAAUCUGGAGAAAACGGAUCGUCAGUCGGUACACUUGUUAGAGAAUGAACUGCAAGCUAGAACCGACCAGAUCUUCAAUCAUUUAGAACGCCUUGAAAUCCUGGCCAGCAAGGAACCACCAAACCGCCGCCAGAACGCCAAAUUGCGAGUUGACCAGCUUAAGUAUGAUGUCCAACACCUCCGGUCCGCGUUGCAAAAUUUCCAGCACCGACGCUACGCCAGAGAGGCCCAGGAGAGAGAGAGAGAGGAACUCAUGAGCCGUACGUUCACAACCAACGAUGCAGAUACAUCCAUCCCCAUAGAUGAGACCCUACAGUUAAACUCCAACUUGCACAAUGCGCACAGAGGCAUGGAUGACCUCCUGGGCAGCGGCAGUAGCAUCCUCAAUGGUCUGAGAGAUCAAAGAUCUACACUGAAGGGCACCCAUAAGAAGAUGCUGGACGUGGCCAAUAUGUUAGGGCUGUCGAACACAGUGAUGAGACUGAUAGAAAGACGAGCCACCCAGGAUAAGUUCAUCAUGAUUGGAGGCAUGCUGUUGACCUGCAUCUUCAUGUUCCUGGUAAUCAGAUACCUUGGCUGACCACCAUCCAUCCACAAUGACGGUUUUUGAUCAGUCGUGGACAUUUCUGCAGAGUAUCAUCCCUCAUAAUAUGAAAAGUGGCAGACCUCAAUUUUUAACAUAAAUAAUUUUUAUAAAUUGUGCCAUCUGUUUUCCACCAACUUAAUUAUUUUGGGAACCUGCAAAAUGGCGAGGUUGAGUAAGAUCUUAAUUACAUGCAGUAUUUGAUUCCAGUCAAAGCUCCCGAGUGUCGCACUUCACUGCCACACAUCAAUAGUCUCUAGUCUUUUCUUUGUCAAAACCACUCUAUAACUCACUCUUGUGACUGUACCCAAAUGGCUUUUCAAAAAAUGCUUCAAACCAAUCUUUAUUGUCGACUUGCUUUUGCUUCCAUUGAAAAGCUAUUUGUUUUGCUCCUAAAUCUGUCAGUAAUGUGUCAUUCUGCUUUGUUCAGCAUGGUUCUUAAGAGAGAAGAUAGAAAGACUGAUGUGGAAAUACUCAUAAUGUUCCAUGUUUUAUCAUAAAUGCUCCUUGGACAAUAUUUUAUGUGUAGCUAAUGCAAUACACAAGAGAGGGAACAACCUGGUUACAAGGAUCUGGAAGAAGCAAUUAUUUUCUAAUUGUUAUACACUUAUCUUGGAUUAAUGUCUGGAUCUAGUCUCACUGUGUGAGUGACUUCAUUCUCUUACUAGAAUAAAACUUGUUUCAUUUU